AGGUCAUAACGGAUAUAGGAAUGCAUUACGGUUUUGUGAAUUACGCCCUCGAACUGCUGGUUGUGAAGACCUUUGACAGCGAGACAUGGGAGGCAAUAAAAAAGGACGCAGCGGUAAAUAUGGAGGGACAAUUUUUAGUGCGUCAGAUUUACGACGACGAGAUCACGUACAACCUCAUUUCCGCAGCCGUAAAUCGACUGAAUAUCCCAGCUAAUGAAAUUCUCGAAUUGUUCGGCCGUACGUUCUUCGAAUUUUGUCAGGAUUCCGGAUACGACAAAAUCCUUCAAGUACUCGGCGCUACACCUCGGGAUUUCUUACAGAACCUAGACGCGCUUCACGAUCAUCUUGGUACUUUGUAUCCGGGUAUGAGGUCCCCGUCUUUUCGUUGUACCGAAAGGCCCGAAGAUGGGGCCCUUGUUUUGCACUAUUACUCCGACAGGCCCGGAUUGGAGCACAUAGUCAUAGGAAUUGUGAAGACCGUAGCUAAGAAACUUCACGGUACUGAUGUCGAUAUGCAGAUCUUAAAGACAAAGAGCGAGUGCGAUCACGUGCAGUUUCUAAUUACCGACACCUCGGGUCCUGGGGUCGUUUUCAAGCCUAUGAUCGCCGAACUGGAAACGCUGUCAUUAGAAUCGAAGGUCAGUCCGGCAACUUUCUGCAGAGUGUUCCCGUUCCACAUAAUGUUCAAUCGUGAACUGACGAUCGUGCAAACCGGAUGUACGAUAACUCGCGUCAUACCGCAAGUAUCCAAUGGCAACUGUAAAUUGAAUGACAUUCUUCUCACGGUGAGGCCUCACUUGGAAUUGACGUUUGAAAAUAUUCUGUCGCACAUAAACACCGUUUACGUUUUACGUACUAAAAAGGGUGUGAUGAAAGUCGACGCUUGCGACGAGUACUCAAAUUUACGUUUAAAGGGUCAAAUGCUGUACAUACCCGAAUCAGACUUGGUAAUAUUCCUAUGUUACCCGAGCGUGAUGAAUCUCGACGACCUCACGAGGCGCGGUUUGUAUUUGAGCGACGUUCCCUUGCACGACGCGACGAGAGACUUGGUUCUGAUGUCCGAGCAAUUUGAGGCCGAUUACAAGCUCACGCGAAAUUUGGAAUUGCUCACUGACAAGCUACAGCAGACUUAUCGGGAGCUGGAUGGGGAGAAGCAAAAAACGGACAGAUUACUUUAUUCCGUACUGCCGAUUUCCGUGGCUAACGAACUCAGACACUCGAGACCGGUACCGGCGAGGAAGUACGAUUGCGUAACUCUUCUAUUCUCGGGUAUCGUCGGCUUUGCCGCUUACUGCGCAGCGCACACGGAUUCCAGCGGCGCCAUGAAAAUCGUGAAUAUGCUUAAUCAGUUGUACAUAGCAUUCGACGUGCUUACGGAUCCGAAAAAAAAUCCAAACGUCUACAAGGUGGAAACUGUUGGCGACAAGUAUAUGGCAGUAAGUGGACUUCCGGAACCCUGUUAUUGUCACGCAAGAUGCAUAGCUCGACUAGCAUUGGACAUGAUGGAUCUAGCAGCUGACGAAGUUCAGAUCGAUGGUGAACCAGUGAAAAUUACCAUCGGCAUCCAUAGUGGCGAGGUAGUCACGGGGGUUAUUGGACAUCGCAUGCCUCGUUAUUGCCUCUUUGGGAAUACGGUGAACCUUACGAGCCGUACGGAAACGACCGGUGAACCUGGGAAGAUUAACGUCUCCGAGGAUGCAUACAGGUACCUGUGUAUGCCUGAAAAUCAAGAUCCGCAAUUUCUUCUCGAAUAUCGUGGUCCAGUCACCAUGAAGGGUAAAUCGGAACCCAUGAACGUGUGGUUCCUCUCCAGAGAGCGGGAGCUGCAGUCGUAAUCAAAUAACGAGAAACGAUGCUCUAGAGUAGCAACAGUAUAAAGAAAUAGCAAAAAGUAAAAGAACUUUUCACAAUAGCAAUAACAUCGAGAUCCUACAUAGGGUAAAAAGCGUGUAACAAUACAAUAAAGCUCCCGUACAAUCAUAAAGAAUUGAAUGAUCCUCAGGGAUAAAACGAACAAAAGAUAAAACAUAAACGGAUUGCGUACUGUUAUCGUUGAACUUUCGGCCAUUUUUAUUUUGAUUACCAAUAGAACAAAACAAGAGAUUAAACUAUCAGGCUGUUAUCUAUAUAAGGCACGUGGUACCAAUUGCAACUGUGAGAUUGGUUAAAUAUAAAAAUAAUUAAUAAUCAAUUAAAACAAUAUUGUUCCACGUUAGAAAUAUCAUUAGUUUCAUAUAAUACUUUAAUAAGAUAUGUUUAUUUCUAUUACGUCAUUCCGUUACGUCACUCUAAUUAAGACGUGUCGUAUUUUUUUUUUAAUUAUAAAAGCAAAUAAUCGAACGAGAGAGGGGAGUAACAUUUAAAGAUUUGAGAUUACAGGCUCAAGUAUUUUUAAAACUGUUGUACUCUAACUAUAUAGAUUGUUAUUAAUUAUUAAUAAUUUUUAAUUAUCAUGUUAAAAUAUAAUUAUCGUACACGGACCUAUAGUACCUAUAUAUAGUAGUGUAGUAGGAAUAAAAGAUUUUUAGGACAGAAGGUCGAGGACCUUCGCUCCCGACGAAAAUAGCUGCAGAAUUACUUAUCAAAGUGAAACAGGACGUAGUGUCUUGGCGUAUAGCGAGAUGAACGAUAAAAAGAUGAGAAAAAAAAAGAGAGAAGCUGUAGGAGUCAAAUAAAGAAGCAAAACAAGAUA